GAGAAGCGCGGAGAAUGAGGAUGGUGGAAUUGCAUGGCCUGGCCCGCACGUUUCAGUCAUGGUCCUCCAUUUGUGAAGGGAGACAACUCCACGUGGCAUUCCUUAAAACCGGUAUUCUUAAUUCCUCCCUCGCUAUUGCGAACCGGCUUCUCCAGUUAUACUCGGGCCACGGCUGUCUCCACGAUGCGUCUAACUUGUUCGACGAAAUGCCCCACACAAAUGCUUUCUCAUGGAACACACUCAUCCAAGCCUACCUCAACUCAGGCGCCACCCACAUGUCCCUCCACUUGUUCCAUGCCAUGCCUCACAAGACUCACUACUCCUGGAACAUGGUCGUUUCUUCAUUUGCCAAGUGUGGUCACCUUCAACUAGCUCAUUCUCUCUUCAAUGCCAUGCCCUCAAAGAACCACCUUGUCUGGAAUUCCAUCAUUCAUGGUUAUUCCCGACAUGGGCAUCCGAGGAAAGCACUGUUACUAUUCAAGAACAUGAAUUCUGACCCUUUGCAAAUGCUGUACCGGGAUGCUUUUGUGUUGGCAACUGUUCUUGGCGCAUGUGCUGAGUUAUUGGCUCUCAACUGUGGGAAACAAGUCCAUGCACGUGUUUUCAUUGAUGGCCUGGGAUUGGAAGAACUUGACAAGGUCUUGUGCAGCUCACUGAUUAAUUUGUAUGGGAAAUGUGGUGAUUUGGAUAGUGCUGCUCGUGUUAUGAGUUUUGUGAGGGAAGUGGAUGAUUUCUCUCUGUCAGCUUUGAUAUCUGGUUAUGCAAAUGCCGGAAGAAUAGGAGAUGCAAGAAGGGCUUUUGAGAGUAAGGUUGAUCCAUGUGCUGUGUUGUGGAACUCCAUUAUUUCGAGUUAUGUAUCCAAUGGUGAGGAAAUAGAAGCCUUGGUUCUUUUCAAUAGAAUGCGCAGGAAUGGGGUUUGGGGAGAUAUCUCUGCCGUUGUUAACAUUUUGAGUGCAAGUAGUAGCUUACUUCUUAUUGAACUUGUUGAGCAAAUGCAUGCCUUUGCUUGUAGAGCUGGGGUAAUUCAUGAUAUAGUGGUUGGUAGUGCUCUACUUGAUGCCUACUCCAAGUGUCAAAGCCAUUAUGAAGCUUGCAAGUUGUUCAGUGAGCUCAAAGCUUAUGAUAUGAUAUUGCUUAAUACUAUGAUCACUGUGUAUUCUAAUUGUGGAAGAAUCGAAGAUGCAAAACAGAUUUUUAACACAAUGUCUAGUAAAACCUUAAUUUCAUGGAAUUCAAUCCUAGUUGGCCUGACUAAGAAUGCAUGUCCAAGUGAAGCAUUAGAUAUUUUUUGUCAGAUGAAUAAGCGGGACUUGAAAAUGGACAAGUUUAGCUUUUCCAGUGUUAUCAGUGCUUGUGCCAGCAAAUCAUUCCUUGAGCUUGGUGAGCAGGUCUUUGGUAAAGCCGUUACCCUUGGGCUUGAAUCUGACCAGAUAAUUUCUACUUCCCUUGUUGAUUUUUAUUGUAAAUGUGGUUUUGUUGAGAUAGGGCGUAAAUUUUUUGAUGGAAUGAUGAAAUCUGAUGAAGUUUCAUGGAAUACAAUGUUGAUGGGAUAUGCCACAAAUGGAUAUGGUUUUGAAGCAUUGACACUCUUUAGCGAAAUGAGGUGCAGUGGUGUGAGGCCUUCUGCUGUUACUUUUACUGCAGUUCUUUCAGCCUGUGAUCAUAGUGGUCUGGUUGAAGAGGGAAGAAAUGUGUUCCAUACUAUGAAGCAUAACUAUAAUAUAACUCUGGGGAUUGAACAUUACUCUUGUAUGGUUGACCUUUUUGCACGAGCUGGUUGCUUUGAGGAAGCAAUGAAUCUUAUUGAAGAGAUGCCUUUUCAGGCUGAUGCGAACAUGUGGUUGUCAGUACUGCGAGGCUGCAUAGCCCAUGGAAACAAGAGCAUUGGCAAGAUGGCUGCAGAGAAAAUUAUUCAGCUUGAUCCUGAAAAUCCAGGUGCUUAUAUACAAUUAUCUAACAUUCUUGCAUCUUCUGAGGACUGGGAAGAAUCAGCACAAGUAAGAGAGUUGAUGAGAGGUAAGCAUGUUCAGAAGAUUCCUGGUUGCAGUUGGGCAGAUUGUUGAAUGAGAAAUUCUGCUAAGACUGUUGUAUGGAGCUCAAUCUGAGGGUGGACAACUCCUGAUUGAAAUAAGCUUGGAACCACUAUUAGUUUCCUGGACUCUUGGGCUGUUUGUAGCUUUGACUGAUUUGAAGAGAAUGAACAGUUUAAAAGUACAUGGCUUGAGUUUAAUUGAGUCUGUUUUUCACUAACAGUGUUGCGAAUGAUCUAGCAGGAGGCUGGGGCCAGGGAGCACAUUUUACUCAAACACAUGUAAUGCCUUGAGUGUUGGACUGUUAACUGCCUAAAAUUGGAAAAAGAAAUUGGCACUUAGAUGUCAUAUUCUUUUGGUCAUGUGACAUAAACAUAACCAGCAAACAAAGAAUGUAAUGUUGUCUACAUCGUUGGCCUGAGUUUAGCGCUUGUAUGGAGCUCAAAUCCAAGGUUCAUUUUACGUAGUCAAGAAAACCUGCAGUUGUUGGAUACGUUAUCUCAAAACUGAAUUUGAUAUUGAUGGGAGAGGAAAUGUGUCAUAUGAUUGUACCAUAGCAAUCUUCUUCCUAUGCUAAGACUAAGAGCACUGCCCAGUUGUGAUUUGGGUGUAAAUUUGGAGCACAGCUAAUAUUAGUGAAAGUUGGUCUUUGCAGACUGUUGCAAAAUAUUACAGGAAGUUGCAUUGGGGUGCAAAAAACUAUCUGGUUGGAGCAAAGCCUCUGAUCUGACUUACAACGCAUAUUUGGAAUUUUAUGCAAAUGCUGGUUCCUUUCAUUUGCUACUGCUAUCUAUUGUAUGCUAAGUCUCCCUAAAGUUGCAUCAGGAGUUGGAAGGAAAUACUGAAGUUGAGGAACCAGGGUAAAACUUUCUUAUUUGAAAUUGCACAUGAUUGCAUAAUUUUAUUCUCAAUUUUUUUUGUUUCCUAUUGGAAGGCUUGUACAUUGAUAUGGCACGAGAAUAAUAACUGAGGCUAAUAACCUACCGGUUGCAAUACUUUUUUUUUUGUCCUAUGAGAGGAUGGAAUUGGCUUCAUGCUUGAUCAGAAAACGUGGCUAUUAUUUCUUCACUUGUGUUUGUUGGCACGACAAAAUCUUGUACAUUUCGCUGGAGCGUUGGGAAUUGAGGUAAAUUUCAUUAUUCCCACACAUGGGAUGCUAUUAGAAAAUCUCAUUGCUGGCAACUGACGUGAGGCAAUAUAUGUAUUGUACUUCAAUUGUAGUUUAACCAGAAGACUAAUAUAUUCGCCAAAAUGUUGCAAAUAUUGGUUGUCUUAGAGCUACACAGCAUUAGGAUGGUUCAGUUGAGUGCUCACAGAAACUUUACUAUUGUAUUUGUUAACGUAAUACAACAGGGGUUGACACCUAUGUUAAAUAGGUUGACUUAACUAUAAUAAGAAGGUUGCUGUAUUGUCUCGAUUGUAGAAAAAAAGUAUUUAUUUUAUUUUACUGGAUUAUUGUUAUAUGAAGGAAUUUGAAUCCUCUUAUGUUCUCUUCCAUGUUGUAGGAUAAAAAAGACAA